GGAAUAAACAUACGCCAUUAGUUUUCGCAAGCCGUUCGAACAUGACCGGUAUUGUUUUUGAACCCGCUACGCCGGAGAAUUCCGCAGAAGUUCGCGAAUUUAUGCUGAACUACUUCUACGCUUUCGAACCCACCAACCUGGCCUACAUUUACGGUAAGGAACCCGCCACUGAGGAUGUCGAUUUUAGCAUCAAAUUUUUGGAUGUCGGUCUCGGUGUUAAAGCAGUUACCGAUGAUGGACAGAUGGUGGGAUUAUCGCUGGGCUACAUCGGUGACGAGGAUGACGCGGUGGCAUUGCGUGAAACAGCUGAUCGCUCAAGCGACCGAAAAUUUUCUGAUAUUAUGAGGUUUUUGGCUUUUGUGCAGAAUGGUUCCAACAUUCGGGAAAGGUAUGGAAUAAAUGCUGUUUAUGAGAUUCAACUGGUAGCGGUGCACACGGAUUUCCGCGGUAAGUCCAUUGCCACUGGCCUGAUCAGAAGCCAGAUCCAGAUUGCAAAGGAACGUGGUUUUGAAGGAGUUUACGUGGAUUGCUCAAGCAUUUACACGGCUAAAAUAAUGGAGAAACUUGGAUUCGAGUGUGUUCAUGAGAUUGAUUUUGCCGACUACCGAACUGAGAAGGGAGAGCGUAUUUUCAAACCAGCAGAUGAAAUUCAUACUGGAUUGAAAUCGUACUUCAAGAGGAUAUAA